ACGUUUCCUGUCCCGCUGCAUUGUAAUUAACCUUCUUAUCACUCCAUCACUUGCAGCUUCCAUUAAACAAGGAAUUAAUAUAUUUCAUCAUAACAUUUGGGAAUCUAAACAGAAGAAGUGUGCUCUCCCCAAUUAAAGGUUCAUUAUAAAAACAACAAAUGCUGUACUUUAGCAUGUGGCAAUAUUACAAAGUCAAAUCCAGCAUGGAGGACCUUCAUUAUAAAUCUGGAAGUUGGUUCAAAGAAAUGUCAUCAGAUAAGCAUCUCUAACAUUGACAGCACAAGCUGACUAAGUUUCUUUUCUCAACGCGUUCCUGUCAUUUGGAAUUCACAGCCAGAAUGUGGGUUGUUUUUUACUUCUAUCUCAGUGGCCUUGCCUUUUUUUUGCCUACACCAUUUGCAUGAAGAGGAUAUGCUGACUGUUCAACAAUAAUCUUGUCAUUUUCAGGGAAAUCAAUUAGAGAAUCUGACUGUUGAACCAAGGUAAACUGGAUUGUAUUCUUUACCUGAGUAACAGUGUGCUGAGAAUUGUUUUUAUCAUGUCUCCCCUCUGCCAACCACAUAAUGUGUUUUUCCUGCUCUGUACGCUCUUGGGCAUGGGCAUAGGCCUAGAGUUCACAGGCUCAGAAGGCCAAUGGGCCCGAUACAUACGCUGGGAUGCCAGCACAAAAAGCGACCUCACGUUUCAAUUCAAAACAGCUAUAUCUGAUGGCCUGAUACUCUAUUUUGAUGAUGGAGGCUACUGUGACUUCCUGCUCAUGACUAUCUCAGAAGGGAAACUGAAGCUUCAGUUUAGUGUGGACUGCGCAGAAACUACAAUAACCUCAGAAAAGAUGGUCAACGACAGCCGCUGGCACUCUGCUACCAUCAGCAGACACAACCUACGAACAGUGCUCAAACUAGAUGGGCAGUUCAAAAUGGAUGAAGUGCGACCACAGAGACAAUUCAUGAAGAUCAUCAGUGACCUUUACCUAGGUGGCGUCCCUCAAGACAUCCGAACGUCGGCCCUAACGCUCCCAGCAGUUAAGGAGAUGCCACCUUUCAAGGGGAUUAUUACUGACCUGGGAUAUGGGAAUAAGGUGCCCACACAUCUGGGGAGCCAAAAGGUCCAGCUCGAGAUGGAGGGCUUGUGCACAGAGAACCCCUGUGAAAAUGGAGGAAGUUGUAUGUUGGUAGAUGAGGAGCCUUACUGCGACUGCUCCAAAACUGGAUAUGUAGGUCGUUACUGUAAUGAAGCAGCCAACCAGAAUCCUGGUUUUGCACACAUGGUGAAGUCUCAACAAGCACGAGAGGACAAUGUAGCAACAUUUCGAGGCUCAGAAUACUUCUGCUACGACCUGUCCCAGAACCCUAUUCAGAGCAGCAGUGAUGAGAUAACUCUUUCCUUCAAGACUUGGCAACGCAACGGACUCAUCUUGCACACAGGAAAAUCAGCUGACUAUGUCAACUUAGCUCUAAAGGAUGGUGCUGUUUCGCUGGUGAUUAACCUGGGCUCAGGAGCCUUCGAGGCAAUCGUCGAACCUGUCAACGGAAAGUUCAAUGAUAAUACCUGGCAUGACAUCAAAGUAACACGCAAUCUGAGACAGCACUCAGGCAUUGGACACGCUAUGGUGACCAUCUCAGUGGAUGGUAUACUGACCACUACUGGAUACACCCAGGACGACUAUACUAUGCUGGGCUCCGAUGACUUCUUCUACGUUGGAGGGAGUCCAAGUACUGCUGACCUGCCUGGAUCACCAGUCAGCAACAACUUCAUGGGCUGCUUGAAGGAGGUGGUCUACAAAAACAGUGACAUACGUUUGGAGUUGUCUCGUCUGGCCCGAAUUGCGGACCCCAAGAUGAAGUUGCAGGGGGAUGUGGUCUUCAAGUGUGAACAUGUGCCUACCCUGGACCCCAUCUCCUUUGAGACACCCGAGUCUUUCCUCAGUCUGCCCAAGUGGAACACCAAGCGCGUGGGCUCUAUCUCAUUUGAUUUUCGUACCUCUGAAACAAAUGGAUUGAUUCUCUACACCCAAGGCAAGUCCCAAGACAAGCAUGACGCUCGCAGCCAGAGGAGCAACAAGGUGGACUUCUUUGCUGUGGAGCUUCUGGAUGGUUGCUUGUACCUUCUGCUAGAUAUGGGAUCAGGAACCAUAAAGGUGAAAGCCACACAGAAUAAAGUUAAUGAUGGGGCCUGGCACCAUGUGGACAUCCAGCGAGAUGGCAAAUCAGGGAUCAUUUCAGUGAACAGCCGCAGAACACCAUUCACUGCCACUGGUGAAAAUGAGAUUCUGGACCUGGAAGGAGACCUUUAUCUAGGAGGGCUUCCCAACACCGGGGUUGACCUGGUCCUCCCCACAGAACUGUGGACUGCCAUGCUAAACUAUGGCUAUGUUGGCUGCAUCCGUGACCUGUUCAUCAAUGGACGCAGCAAGGACAUCCGCCAACUUGCAGAGGCCCAGGGUGGGUCUGGGAUCGUGCCCUCCUGCAGCAAAAUGAGCAGUAAGCAAUGUGACAGCAACCCCUGCCACAACAAGGGUAUCUGCAAAGAGGGAUGGAACCGCUUUGUCUGUGACUGCACUGGAACUGGCUAUUGGUCCACAACCUGUGAGAGAGAGGCUUCUAUUCUGAGCUUUGACGGCAGUAUGUACAUGAAAGUGGUGCUGCCCACAGUCAUGCAAGUGGAAGCAGAGGACGUGUCUCUACGCUUCCUGUCCCAGCGUGCCUUUGGCCUAUUGAUGGCUGCCACCUCCCGUGACUCUGCAGACACACUACGGCUUGAUCUGGAUGGGGGCCGUGUGAAACUCACUGUCAACUUAGGUAAAGGCCCCGAGACUCUGUAUGCUGGGCAAAAGUUGAAUGAUAACGAGUGGCACUCUGUCAAAGUGGUACGGCGUGGCAAAAACUUCAAACUCACAGUGGAUGAGGAUGUUGCUGAAGGCCAGAUGAACGGAGACCACACGCGCCUGGAGUUUACCAACAUAGAGACGGGCAUUCUGACGGAGCGCCGAUUUGUGUCGUCAGCGCCAUCCAGCUUCAUCGGCCACCUACAGGCCCUCAAGUUCAAUGGCCUGCUCUACAUUGACAUGUGCAAAAAUGGAGACAUCGAAUAUUGUGAACUCAAUGCACGCUUUGGACUGCGCUCCAUUGUGGCAGACCCAGUCACAUUUAAAACCAAGGGCAGCUACCUGGGCUUGGCCACGCUGCAGGCCUACAGCACCAUGCACCUCUUUUUCCAGUUUAAAACCACUUCAGCCGAUGGGUUUAUUCUGUUCAAUAGUGGGGAUGGAAGUGACUUCAUUGCUGUAGAGCUUGUUAAAGGGUACAUUCACUACGUUUUUGACUUUGGGAUUGGACCCAGCCUGCUCAAAGGGAACAGUGAUAGUCCUCUCAAUGACAACCAGUGGCACAGUGUGGUCAUCACACGAGAUGCUACCAACACACACACUCUCAAGGUGGACACCAGCUCUGUCAGCCAAGUGGUCCAUGGGGCUAAGAACCUUGACCUUAAAGGAGAUCUGUUUGUUGCUGGUCUGGGGCCCAACAUGUACCAGAACCUUCCAAAACUUGUGGUGUCUCGUGAGGGCUUCCAAGGAUGUUUGGCUUCAGUGGAUCUGAACGGCCGCCUCCCAGACCUCAUCAAUGACGCACUGUUCCGCAGUGGCCAGAUUGAACGCGGCUGUGAAGUUGGUUUCACCAAAGCUGACUUGCAAGGGCCCAGCACCACAUGUCAGGAGGACUCCUGUGCCAACUACGGGGUGUGCAUCCAGCAGUGGGAGAACUUCACUUGUGACUGCUCCAUGACCUCCUAUUCUGGCACGACAUGCAAUGAUCCUGGAGCCACGUAUAUCUUUGGCAAGGGCGGCGGCUUGAUUACCUACACAUGGCCCAGCAAUGAGCGACCCAGCACAAGAACAGACCGACUGGCUGUAGGGUUCAGUACCACCAUCAAAGACGGGAUUUUGGUUCGCAUCGAUAGUGCCCCUCGACUGGGUGACUACAUUAUGCUACACAUUGAGGAUGGCAAAGUAGGCGUGACAUUCAAUAUUGGCACAGUGGAUAUUAGUGUCAAAGAGAGCACCACAGCAGUAAAUGAUGGGAAGUAUCAUUUGGUACGUUUCACUAGAAAUGGAGGAAAUGCCACACUUCAGGUGGAUACCUGGCCAAUCAACGAGCAUUUUCCAUCAGGAAACAGUGACAUUGAGCGCUAUCAAAUGGCUAAUAAGAAAAUCCCGUUCAAAUAUACCCGGCCGGUCGAAGAUUGGCUACAUGAGAAAGGCCGACAGCUUACUAUCUUCAAUACCCAAGCCACAAUCUCAAUUGGUGGAACUGAUCGCAAGCGUUCAUACCAAGGGCAGCUCUCUGGCCUGUAUUACAAUGGGCUGAAGGUUCUUAACAUGGCCGCAAAGGGUCAUGCAAACAUCAAGGUGAAUGGCAGCGUGAGGCUAGUGGGUGAUAUGCCGGCCAGACGAAGUCCUUCCCACACAACCACUUCCAUGCCCCCUGAAAUGUCCACCACCUUCAUAGAAACCACUACUACCCUAUCAACAACCACGACACGAAAGCAACGCUCCCCACCCACCAGUCAGACAACAGAUGACAUUGUGUCCUCAGCGGAAUGUUCUAGUGAUGACGAGGACCUGGAGGAGUGCGAUACAGGGCAUCCAGGAGGGGAAUUAGUCAUCCCCAUUCUAGUUGAGGAUCCCAUAGAUAUCCCUCCUGUUUCCACUCAAGCCUCUUUCAUUCCUCUCCCCCCAACCUUACGCCCUAUCCUCACCAUUAUUGAGACUUCCAAAGAGUCCUUAUCCAUUGCCACUGAGACAAGCAUUCCUUGCUUGUCAAACCGAGGCAAAAAUAUAUGUGAUGAUGAUGGUGAUGAUGGUGAUAGCUUAGUGAUAUCUGGGUUUGGAUCUGGGGAGAUGUACGACUCUAGCCUCCCCCUUACUGACGAUGAAGAUUUUUAUACCACCUUCUCCCUGGUAACAGAUAAGAUCUUGACCACAUCGGCCUAUGAAGGUGGAUACAAAGCUCUCGCACCAAAAUGGGAAACAAAGGAUUUUAAGUCUAGUGAGGCUUUUGAGGUAGGCAGGUCUGCCCCCGUCCCACAUCUGCCUGAUGCAAGAAGCUCUGUAGCAACAUUCAUUACAUCUAAGGCACCACCUAAAAUCCCUGCCGGUAAAAUGAACAACCGUGAGAUCAAACCCCUUCCAGAUGUAGUGCUACUUCCUCUGCCCACAUCCUACAUCGUGGACGGCACCAAACCUAGAGGUCCGCUCAUCACCCAGCCCAUGUUGCCUAAUGUUCCCAGUUCUCUGCCCACUGUACCAGAGAUUAGGAGAGUUCCGCCUGGGGCCUCAGAAGUUGUACGUGAAUCAAGCAGUACUAUGGGUAUGGUAGUGGGUAUUGUGACGGCUGCUGCCCUUUGUAUUUUCAUCCUUCUCUAUGCCAUGUAUAAGUACAGAAACAGGGAUGAGGGUUCCUACCAGAUGGAUGAGACACGGAAUUGCAUCAGCAACUCAGCACAGACUAAUGGCACAGUAGUUAAAGACAAACAGCCAAGUACCAAGGGGGCCAUUAACAAGAGGCCAAAAGACAAGGACAAGGAAUACUAUGUAUAAAACAAAAUCUCUACACAGAAACUGACCCAAAACCUAAGAUGUUUUGCAGUACUAUACAGAGAGCAAUUUUAAAAAGAAAUUAUCAAAGAACUAAAAAAUACUGAGUCUCAUUCCCAGGUAUUGUUCUCUGAGGCACACUUGUUAUGGUAAGAACAUUGGGGAAGGUCAGGGACACUGGGAACAUUGGUAAACUCUUUUUGGUGAUGGGGUGUAUCCUGUGUAAAAUAUCCAAUUGUUACAAUGUUAUCACCAGAGUGACUUUCUGUGGUAAUGCCUUUGGAAUGAAAAAAAGACAAAAAAGUAUUUUUUGGGGAAAGAAUUGUCCAUUGUAGCCCUGUACAAUACAAUAAUGCUCAUCAUUCAUGUCAGGCAUGCAUGUGAAAUGUAUGUGAUAUAGUGCCGGCAACUUUGCAAGAGCAGUGGUAGGGAAAAGAUUUGUGGUGUCACAGCUAGCACAAUUUGCCAUAAAAGCAACACAUUUAUUUCUGUGGUGAAAACCUCAAGCAUGUUUUAACAAUGUCAUUAUUUAAUUUCUGUGAUUGCUUUGUUUUAGGUUUCCCUUUAUUAAUGAUUUCUGUUGGGUUCUAAAUGCAUUACAUUAAAAUAGCAAAUGUGACUUAUUCUAUUCACUUCACACAUGGACCACAUUCUGUUUCCUAAAAGCAGAUAAAUAGAGCAGAUGUGUGUUUGCCCAAUUCUUGUUUAUUUGCAUUCUAUGUAAAUAGAAUCCAGGUCUUGGCUAUAAGAUUUGUCACAGACAUCCUAAAUGUAAUCACAGCUUAAAACCAUGUGAAGACGUGCAUUUUGGAUGUUUUAUAAGGCAUUUACAUUUUAAAGAUUAAACAUAACAAUCAUAUGUUUUUGCAGUUGCACAAACGUACCAUGGCAUUUGACAAAAUAAACAAAAUGAUGUAUAGGUCAAAAUAACAUUGUUCUUUGUUAUCUUAGAUAGAAAAUGCUGUCACAUGGUUUCUUACAGUGCACUUGUCCAUUUACAGAAGGUUUCAUCUUUUCUACACAAACCAUUCUCACCAUAUUCACUGUCCAAAGAAAAACUGUAUGAGAAAUUUGACAAUAUGAAGAAUUUGACAUUAAUCCAGAAUAUUAUUUAAUUAUGCAUAUUUCAUUAUCAGCUGUGUCAUACAAUUACUGUUUACAUUUUUUAUUACUAAAAUACCAUUAAAUCUUGAUUUUACUAUUUUACCUGUACAAACAGAAAUAUGUAUUUGGUUUAAUUCAUGACAAAUUUAGAAAUUACAGAUUAUGUGAUGUUACAUACUGUGCUGUUCAAGUUACAUGCACAUUAAAUCCCUGGAAAGCUAACAGAAAUAACCUUUUUCAGUUGCAUAAGCCCCUUCAUUUCUGGUCAUUUUACUGGAUACCACUGAUGAAAGGAGCAAAAAAUGACAAUAUUAAAUUUAUAAUGCAGCUACAUUUCUGAAGCACUUCAAUAUUUGCUUUUCUGUGUUAAACUAUGUAGUUUGGUUUACAUCAUAUUUUGCUUAUGUUGUGCAGACUUACAGGUUUAUUUCACAACUUUUUGCUGGUAGAAUGGGUUUUUUUAUGUUACCGUUUUUUAAUUUAUUUACUGAUUGUUUUGUCACCAUUUGUUACAAAAAGCUCAAAUUUAUCUGUAUUUUUCUUUGUAGUUAUGUUGUUUCUCUUUUUAUUAUUGUCUUUGUUCUUUUGACCUUGUGCUAUGUCCAGCAAUAAAAUAUUCAGAAAUGUUUUCAACAUUAGUGUAAUAGUUAUGUAAUAAGCGCGGGUCACAUUUUUUAAAAUAGUGGGUUUUAAAGAAAACUAACCCAAUAACACAAGCUUAGAUACAGAAGCAUACAAAUCUUAAAUAACAUGUAGUCAGAGCAAGCAGAGUAUAAACAUAUAGGAAAUAGAGGACCCUAACUAGACAUAUGUGAGGCUGGUUAAGUAAAUCGAAGGAAAACAAUGAAAAGGGCAUGGCAGGAUGAGGGGAGUGGAAUGUAAACAUAAUGUAUGUAGCUGACACAGUGAGGAAAAGAGCAACAAAAAACACAGGAUAACAUGGGGAUCACAACCACGCAACGAAUGAUGCUGGAGAGGGAACUGUUAAAAGUUACUGUUAAAAAAUAUAGGUCAUUUUUGAUCAACUGAAGUUUAUAAGCUUAACUAUACCAAUGAAAGUGUGUUGAGACCAUAUCAGUAGUGCAAUACAAGUUGACAAGACUUCGCAAAGGCUAAUAGAACACACAGGGUUUAUAUACUAGGACAAAUGAAGACUAACAAGACAGAUGAACAUAACAAUAAGCGGAGAUACUAACCAUAAGAGCUGUAGGGCUAGGCGAGAUCAGUGUAGUGAAGGUAGAUUACAAAUU